AUAUAGCUGAAGCCAAUAUAGUUAAAGUAAAAGACGUUGUUAAAGUAGAUGUUAUUGAAGAAGUAGAUGUUAUUGAAGAAGUAGAUGUUAUUAAAGAAGUAGAUGUUGUUGAAGAAGUAGAUGUCAUUGAAGAAGUAGAUGUUAUUAAAGAAGUAGAUGUUGUUAAAGAAGUAGAUAUAAUUAAAAAUUUAGUUGAUAUAAUUGAAGCAGAU